AUGGCCAUUGGCGAUGUACUUCCCGGGGAUACCCACUUCUUGGGGCUCACGGCGCUAGUCACAGUCGGUUAUCAGCUCGUUUUUUUUGCCGUGGCCUACACCUUCAAGUUUGAUAAGGUGACAGAUUUUGCCGGUGGUACCAACUUUGCCCUCAUAGCCUUUCUCACCUUUGGACUUGGUGACACCUUUUAUGCCCGUCAAGCCGUGUUGACGGGCAUGGUUGCCCUCUCAAAGCUCUACCUCGCCCUCUUCCUCCUCAUUCGUGUUUUGAGUCGUGGCAAGGAUGCUCGGUUUGAUGGCACCCGAGACAGCUUUUUCAAAUUCCUCUCUUUUUUCAUCUUCCAAAUGAUUUGGGUCUGGGUCGUGUCUCUUCCCGUUACGUUUGUCAAUGGCGACGAGGACGAUCCAGCCCUCAACGAAGGCGAUUACAUUGGCUGGGCUCUUUUCUUGAUUGGUUUUAUGCUCCAGAUGUCGGCGGACAUUACCAAGUUUUAUUUCAAGCAGGAAGCCGAUUCUGCCGACUUUUGCGAUGAGGGCCCUUGGGCGGCCUCUCGGCACCCCAACUACGCUGGAGAAAUUUUGAUGUGGUGGGGCAUUUUCAUUUCCGCCACGAGUGUGUUUGAAAUUCCCGGCAACGAUCACUGGGGAUGGGUCACUAUCUUGAGCCCCCUCUUGACCAUGAUUCUUCUGCUCUUCCUCAGCGGCAUCCCAACGGCGGAAGGCCAGUCUCAGAAGCGCUACAUGAAGAAAAACAGGUAUCUUCGGUAUCGCGAGCGCACGCCACCCUUGAUCCCUUUCAUUCCUUAUCUAUACAAGCGUAUGCCACUUUGGACCAAGCGCUUGUUCUGCUUUGAGCUGCCCAUGUAUGAAUACGAUCCCGAGCAAGAGGCGAUGCAGGCUGCUAAUCGGGACAUGCGCAGCACGGUCGAGAACACUCAAACGUCGCAACCACGCGCUGCAGCUGCACCGACCGAGCACACAGUCCAUCGAGUGUAA